AUGGACAUAAUAUGUGAACAACAGAUCUACACUAUCGUGUAUCGGGGCAAGUGUACCUCAUAGUUUUCAUUGAAAAUGGCUCCUCCUUGUCACUAAAAUGAUUGAUAGAUUAGAUAAACUCGUAUAUAACGCAAAAAAAUAAGAGGCUCUUAUACUGUUUCACCUUCUACGUACGCUACACAAGAUGCUCCGCUUUAUCUUUGUUACGUUUUGCCUCACACUGGUUUUGAUGGGAGCAAAUUCGGUGCACAACACACAGGACAUUAAUCGAGAUAAUCAUGACUACGUUGGAAGGGGCAAAUCGACCAAGUCAGGUGCCUAUAGCAGCGAGGAAACGACGGCGAGUUUUUGGAGAUCUCAAGCCAACGCUACUCUUUUCGAGCGUUUGAAGAAAACUGCCAAUACGAAUCUUGCAAAGAAUGUAAUCAUGUUCCUUGGAGAUGGAAUGUCGAUUACCACUAUAGCGGCUGCGAGGGCGCUCCUAGGUCAACGAGAUAAGAAGCCGGGCGAGGAAACCCAGCUUUCGUUUGAAAAAUUCCCGUUCGUCGGAUUAUCGAAGACGUACUGCGUGGAUCGGCAGGUAGCCGACUCGGCUUGCUCGGCCACCGCCUAUCUAUGCGGCGUGAAGGCCAACGAGGCAACGAUUGGAGUAACCGCAGCAGUUAAACUGGGAUAUUGCAAGGAAAUGAACAACGAAACGAACCACGUGCCUUCUAUUGCCCAUCUAUUUCAGAUGAAAGGGAAGAAAACGGGAAUUGUUACUACAACGAGAAUCACGCACGCGUCCCCCGCAGGUGUUUAUGCCCACACAGCUCACCGAGAUUGGGAAGCCGAUAGCCACAUGCCUGAUGCGAAAAAUUGCAAAGACAUAGCACUACAAUUAAUCCAUGGAGAAACUGGUAAAAAUCUCAACGUUAUCUUUGGAGGAGGUAGAGCAUACUUUAUACCCAAGGGUCAAUCUGACAACGAUCAACAGCCCGGAGUGCGGUUAGACUCAAGGGAUUUAAUCAAAGAGUGGAAAGAGCAGAAGGGCAAUGCAAAGCACGAGUACGUUCACGAUCUUCCUGGUUUAAAAGGUCUACAGCACGACACAGAAUAUGUCUUGGGACUAUUUAGCAGCGAUCACAUGGAUUACAAUCUAGACAGAAACAAAAACGUACAGCCAUCCUUGGCAGAAAUGACAGUGAAAGCCAUCCGACUCUUGUCGCAAGGAGAGAAAGGAUACUUCUUAUUCGUAGAGGGUGGUCGUAUUGAUCAAGCCCACCAUGCGACCUUAGCACAUAAGGCCUUGGACGAGACCAUAGAGUUCCAGAAGGCUGUCCAGGCGGCUGUAGAUAUUACGGGCGAAUCCGAGACUCUGAUUGUAGUAACCUCAGACCACGCCCAUACUAUGACGCUUAAUGGCUAUCCCGAAAGGGGCAACAAUAUUUUGGGAAUCGGUGGCAAAGGAAAGGACAAACUCCCUUACACUACGUUGAGCUACGCGAAUGGCCCCGGAGAGCACGGCGAUGGUAAAAGGCCUGACCUUACCAAUGCGGAUUUGAACAAUCCUAACUUCAAGUACCCAAGCUAUGUUCCUCUCAAAGAUGAAACGCAUGGUGGGGAAGAUGUCGCCAUAUUUGCCCGUGGCCCAUGGGCUCAUCUUUUAGUUGGCGUGACGGAACAAAACGUAAUUGCCCACGUCAUGAAGUACGCCUCCUGUGUAGGUCCCGAAGGAGAGCCGUGCGGAAAUGGUUCUGCGAAUAUUGUACCAUCGCUUCUAAUUCCUUUACUUUCUUUGCUAGCCAUCGCAUUUGCCCAAAGAGUAUUGUAAACCUAAAUCAUCCUAUCUUUCGUGGUACUACUAUCUAAAUUAUUGUAAAUUUGUAAGAGAGAAAGGUAUACACUCAUCUUGAACUAACUUAAGUAAAAUAAAUUGAUUAGACAUAGAGAUAAUUAAAGACACAUUACCGCACAAGCAUAAAAUUUGGUCACAGCUUGCAGUUUGUAAUGCAUUUAAUCUUGUUGCGCGAUGUUCUUUCUGCCCUAAACAGUGUAACACUCGGUGUAACACAAUACCUAAAUAUUUUAAAUCCCAGAUUUUGUAUUCCUACCCAAUUUUCCCCCAUUUUUUGUGGGGUAGGGCAGCCAGAUUAGAUAAAUACAUAGGGGAUAAUUUAGUUUGUGCAAUUAAAAAUUGAAAAUCGAACAAUA